AUGUUCGAGAACUCAGAGAUCCUCAUGCGCUUACAAGGACCGCUCACGGCCUCUGACCCUCGACACCGCCCUCCACCCUUCCCUAUAACCUCACCCUGCACAAAGACGUCAGGAGCUACUUCGCGAGUCACUCCUUCGGGUGGGAGUUCUACAACCACUACAUUAAGCAUUUUCUUUGACAACCAGCGAGGCGGCUUCUUCGUAGAGGCGGGGGCCCUGGACGGGGAAUUCCUCUCCAACACGCUGUGGCUGGAGACUGCCCUCGGCUGGACGGGUCUUCUCAUCGAGGCGGAUCAGAACAACUAUCGCCAUCUUGCGUGGAAAAGGCGACGGGCUUGGAUUUCCAACACGUGUAUUACGAAGGAGGAGUACCCGAGGGAGGCGGUGUUUGAGGUUUUGACAAAGGCCUCAAAGUUCCCCACAUGGCUGUAUCACGCCAACACGCGGGAGAUCAACACCCACAACAGUCUUCUCCACGACGAGAUGAGCAACUCCUCGGAGCGGGCGUACGCCAAGGCCCAGUGCUUCCCUCUCACCUCCUACCUGCUGGCCCUCAACGUAACGCUCAUUGACUUCCUCUCGUUGACAUCCAGGGGACACGAGUGGGCGGUGUUGCGGAGCCUGCCGCUGGAUCGCCUGCGAGUGAGAAGCCUCGCCGUGGAACACCUGGCAGCGCCCAACGCCACUCGUGGAGGCUGGAGCUUCGACAUGGCCUUCGUCAGAUACAUGGGGGAGGUUGGCUACCACCUGGUUGAUGUGUACAAAGACAUAGACUAUUUUCUUUGUCUUGCGGAAUGACGCAACCCUCCGACGCCUUAGUGACCCAUUGAAUGUCAUUAAGUAUCAAGCAAAACAGUAAUGUUGAUCACUGAGAGAGUGUGUGUGUGUGUGUGUGUAAGUAAGUAAGUAAGUAAGUAA